AUCACCGACAAGGUGGGGACCCCCUCAAACCUGGGGCAGCACCGACCAGAAGAUGGAGCGCUACACCCAGGUGGAGAUCAAGCACGGCCGCAUCGCCAUGAUCGCGUGCAUCGGGUACGUCAUGCCAGAGAUCUUCCGCUUCCCCGGCUGCGAGGACUUCGGGCACGGCCUGGCCGCCCUGACAACCAUCCCGGCCGAGGGCUGGCUGCAGCUCGUGGCCCUCAUUGGCGCGCACGAGGCGCUCCUCAAGCCUGGCACGCGCGUGGGCGCGGUCAACGGCUCGGACUACGGCUUCGGCACGGAGGUCUUCGACGGCAAUCCCGACUUUGACCGAAGG